ACGCUAUCGGGGACGGCCCGUAACUAAACAGCACCGCAUAUCUGGCAACCCACAGCAGCAACGUCCAGCCCUCGCCUUUGGAUUUGACAGCGGGAUUGCCUUCUGCCAGUACAAUAUCAACAUUGGGAAGGACGCAGUCUGAAUACCGAGAUGGCAGUGAAUGUAUACUCCACAUCAGUAACAAUUGAGAACCUGAGCCGACAUGACAUGUUGGCAUGGGUUAAUGACUCCCUUCAGCUCACCUGCACCAAAAUAGAACAAUUAUGUUCAGGGGCGGCUUAUUGUCAGUUCAUGGACAUGUUGUUCCCAGGGUGUAUUCUUUUAAAGAAAGUGAAAUUUCAAGCAAAACUGGAACAUGAAUUUAUACACAACUUCAAAGUACUCCAGGCAGCUUUCAAGAGAAUGAACGUUGACAAAAUAAUUCCUGUGGAAAAAUUAGUCAAAGGAAAAUUCCAGGACAACUUUGAAUUCGUCCAGUGGUUUAAAAAAUUCUUUGAUGCCAACUAUGAUGGAAAAGAGUAUGAUCCUCUUCAAGCUAGACAGGGCCAAGAUGUGGCACCUCCACCAAAUCCAGGGCCUCAGAGAACAUCGCCAACAGUACCUAAAAACAUGCCCACACCACAGAGGGUGACCACCACCAUAAGGAAGAACCCCACACAUGCCCGAAAUGGGGGCAGUGACGCUGAAAUCAUGGAGCUUAAUCAACAGCUGAUGGAGUUGAAGUUAACCGUAGAUGGUCUGGAGAAGGAAAGAGAUUUCUACUUCAGCAAACUUCGAGACAUUGAACUAAUCUGCCAAGAGCACGAGAAUGAAAACAACCCCAUUCUGACAAGGAUAAUUGACAUUCUUUAUGCCACAGAGGAUGGCUUUGCACCACCAGACGAUGAUGAAAUAGACGAGCAGGCCCACUUGGACCAGGACGAAUACUGAGCAUCCCCUUCUCUUCCUUAUCAUCAUGACCCUCCAAGACUUCCUCACCCGCCACUUUGAAUGACCCCCUUAUGCACGCUGUUAAUAUCCCCUCAGUUUCCAACAAAUCUGUGGACUCUUCAUAUUCUCUCUUUGUCUCAGCCUACGCUGGUUUAUGCACUACAUCAGUUUUAACAAACGCUCACUGUCCUCACCCUCAUUCAGACAGUAGCACCAACCACGACACAUCCCAGCCGUCUCAGCAUGUUUUACAUAUCGACAUUGAGAAUGAACAAAAUAAGGGUAUCAUUGAUUGUGGGUAGCACAAGGGACUUGUAAAUGUAAAUAUUGUGAUGAGAAAGAUGUUUUUGAAGAAAAACUUGUCGCCUGCAAUGUAGUCAUUUGUCAUCCAAUUUCAUACACAUUUUCUUUAUGGUCUGUCUUGGCUUCAUUUACAGUAGUAUGUAAUGCUCACUAUCACACAUUCACCUCUGUUUUUAGCCUCAGUUGCCCUCUCUCUCUGACUAUUCACUUAUAAUGAUUAAAACACUAUAGGCACCAUAAAGAACAAUCCCAACAAUAUCAAAUUCAUGUAUCUUUUAUACCUACAAAGGUAUUGAUGUCAAGCUUGUCAGUGACAAACUAAUCCGUUAAAACCUGCUAUAUUAAUCUACCUAAUUCUAAACUACACAGAGGACUUUUAUACUUUUAUAAGUUGGAUGGGCCAGUGACAGAGGUAGAAAUAAACAACAACAUUAAAACAUGAAAAAGGCAUUAAAAUGUGUUUAAAACACUGUAACUUAAAAAAUGGCACAGGUUGUUUUGCUUAUACCAAGGAAGCAUGUGAAUGUUAUACAUUGACAAUUGAUGAGCGAUUGCAAUUUUUUUUUCCUCCUUUUAAUUGCAGUUCUGUUUUGCUUGAUUGUGAAACGUCAUUCUCAGACUGAAAAAUAGAAACUCACCAAAUGAAUGAAAAGUGGUAUUACCGUCAUAUCUAGCAUUACAUUCAUGAAACCACUGAGCACGAAGGACAAUACUCGUUACUGUGUUCAUUUUAUUUUAUUGCAAUCAGAUAAGUUGUACUACUGAUCAGAUGAUGUCAUGUCGAAUUGAACUGACGUUUGCUGCUAGUGUUGCUGCAUUUGUGUGUUUUAUUCUGUAUUUAUUUUGCUCAGCUAUUAAAUAGCAUACGGGCUUGUGCAUUCUUAACUGUAAAUCAUAUCAGAUUUGUAAAAUGCCCUGAUCAGAUGAAACAGAUGCUGAAUACCAGAAUCAUUGGUUUUCAGAAUGAAUCUACUCUGUAGAGAACCUGAGUCAUCUUAUAUUGUCUCAGUAUGGCCAUAAUUGUGUUUGCCAUUG